CAUUUUCCGAUACGAUUCAGAACGAUGGCCCAAACUACGAAUUGUAUGAUUGCUGUUCUGAUGGUAGUAGGACUUGCUCUAUCUUCAAAUGGAGCCGCGACCACAGGUUCCCCUAUACCAGCGGAAGUGAAAACUUAUGUGGUAGAUCCCUUCACGGAAAUUCAGCUGAAUUUGUGUCAAGUAAAUGCCACUUAUAUUCAGGGCGAAUAUGUUAACGGCAUCGGAUCUGACUUCAAAACUGGAUUAAUCUUCUUUUGUUUCAAUGCAAAUAACACAACCUCCGAGAAUGUGCAGGCAGAUGUAGGAAAAUGGACUGGUAGCUACAUGAAUCAGAACGGAGUCGGCAGCCUCACCUGUUCAACAAUCGGUGGGGGUAUCACACCAGAAGGUCUUACCACUGAACCAUCAGCCAUCAACUGCACUUACUGGAUCAAAUCAGGAUCGUUCAAUACAAAUUCUGAUCUGAGUAACGAGUAUAGAGAGGUUCAGUUCCAGCGAAGCGUGUCUCUGCCCAACUAUCGCUCAACAGGUCAACUUUGUGUGCCAUUCAGUGACCGCAAGCUGAUGACCGAUAACUGGUUGCUAGAUACGACAAAGAGGUCGAUGAGUGGAGAAUAUUGUUUUGAUGAGGAACUUACAAAUUGCCCAGUCGAAAUUGAUUUCUGCGCUCCUGAUCUUUCAGUAGUGAAAGGUGCCGAUAUACCCUUCGAAUGGCGACCUGUUUUGCAAGCAAGUGUCAGAGCAACUGACUCGCCAUACGAAUCGGCUCUUUGGGGGCUAGUUGCUAGUCCUACGAACAAUUACAGCUGGGGGCCCGGGCCCUUUUUGACUAUAAAUGGAUUUGGUGCUGGAUAUCUAACUCGACCAGUAUUCGAGGGUAACGAGCGAGGUGAUUUUAUCUACAACUAUGGCUUCGAUCUGAAUACGAGUCGCCAGUUCGACGAAGAUAGUUCCAAAAUGUACUUCAAGCCUCGCACAGAUAGACGUCUCAUGUUAACGACAAUGACACAGCACAACAUUUGCAAUUCUUUUUUGUGGACGCAAGGGAUUAUAACCGAUCCCAACGACGGUGGAUUAGCCAACUUGACCAGUCUCUACACUCUUGCACCCGAUAGCAACGCAUCACCAAACCUUCCUCAUGUAACAGAGUAUUUCGCCUUUUGUACUACAGAGCACAUUACACCUAUCGGUGGAUAUUUGCAGUUCAUCAUAACCUCCACGGUUCCUGGAGAAACCCAGAACACCACGAACGCUGUCGGGGUGGCACAGUACGAUCCCAAGUCUGGUUUAUACAAGGGCGUUUGUUCAACAAGGAGCGCGUGGGCAGCCAUCGAAUUCCAGCUCACCACCAAUGAUUCUGGCGUAACGGUGUUAGCUAAUGCUACCCGGACUGUGUAUGCGGCCGACAGUGAUAGCUUGAGUGGUGGAAAUGUGGGAUCCUGGACUUUUGAGCAAAUAUCAGAUCCGAGCAGUAACUUAAUCAUGGAUGCGUGCAGUGCUUUUGUCAACGCGCCCGCCUGUGUACCUACAAAGUGUGUGAUUUCCUUAGGGCUGAGUGAUUUCGAUAGCACAAUGUGUAAUCUUAAGGCUCAACACGCCCUUCUGCUGGGAAACAGCAACACGGGCAUUACAAAGUGAUUCGAAAUAAAACAUUGGUGGAAAAAUCGUUGGUAUACGUGUUCAAACACUUCGUACCUUUUUUCUGUCAGCAAGUUACGCAUCUGGGUACCCGCAUCUGUUUUCAUAUAACAAUAACAUCUACUUUAAUAUUUCACCGGACCUCAUGCCUGACCUAAAAGGCACUAUAGCACCAAAAUAUUAUUGAACUGUACAUCCUCUCAGACCCUUACCCUAAUUCUUGUGAUAUGACAAGUGUGCAGUUGUCUACCACAUGUCAUUCACAAUCAUCAAAUACUAUACGUCACUGAAAAGAGCAAUCUGCAACAGCAAUUCUAGUACAGAUAAGUUCGCUGGUAAUUUAAAAUCGCCUAUCAACUUUGAUUACAGCGCGUAUCUCUGCGAGGGGCUGAAAGAGUACUUCUGUAUCUAUGCUCAGUACAAUUUCAACAGUAGAUGGGCAGAACCACGCUGAUGCCAGAUGUACGUUUACCACACUUCCAACGUACAAAUCAUGAGAGCUGGAAGUUUGUAGACAAAUGUACGGACGUCAAAAUGAGUGCCGGAUGUGGUAAAGCCUGUGAUUGCAUUCCGCGAUUUAUUUAUUUGGCAAUAGUACCUGUACUGAUUCAGUUUCAUAGCUAUAGCAACACUUGUUCCAUUUACGUCACAAUAAAUACUUGAAGCACUGUCAUUCACACCGCAAUUUUGCCAUAUACAUCCCUGAUCAAUGUUUUCGUAUCUUUUUCUGAACUCCAUUUUGACCGACGAGAGCCGUAUCACUUACAGUGUAAGACCGUGGUAAAAAUGUGUAUAUGUUGCUCGAAUCUCGACUUCGUAUACAAUUAGGAUAUACAAUCCAAGUAUUCAGUCAAGAGUAUAUUCCUGAGAUGUACACAUAGAUAGUUUGAAUAUAUGCGGUCGCUGUUCAACUGUAUGCACUAAUAUAUGGAUCCGAUAGCACUUAUUUGGUCGACCGAAAAAGAUCAAAUCAACAAUAUUUUUGCGUUGGAAACGCGGAACGCAGAACGCAGGCGUGGCCGUGGAAGUAAAU